UCGAGAAAGCAGUUGACAUUUACCAGCGUCUCGCAUAAUAAUCUGCUGGGGAAAAGGAUUGUUAACAUCGAUAACCGUUGUUAGAAGGCGGUCACACAACUACUGGUCAAAGAAAAAAAGAUCAGACUAGAAGACCCCAGACUACCACAUCCCCACUGGGAGGCCCUCUCCCAUUACCAGAAGAUUCCAUAAGGUGUAGCAGCAAUACAGACACAGAGCCGCAGCCAUGGUGGCACUGUCACUGAAGAUUGGGGUGGGUAACGUGGUGAAGACCAUGCAGUUUGAGCCCUCCACAAUGGUGUAUGACGCCUGUCGUAUCAUCCGCGAGAGAGUCCCUGAGGCCCAGCUUGGCCAGCCCAAUGACUACGGCCUGUUCCUGUCAGACGAGGACCCAAAGAAAGGCAUCUGGCUGGAGUCAGGAAAAGCUCUGGACUACUAUAUGCUUAGGAAUGGGGACACUCUGGAGUACAAAAAGAAACAGAGACCCCUGAAGAUUCGCAUGUUAGAUGGGACUGUGAAAACUGUCAUGGUGGAUGACUCCAAAGUUGUCAGCGACAUGCUCAUGACCAUCUGUGCCAGGAUAGGUAUCACAAACUAUGAUGAGUACUCACUGGUGCGUGACGUGGGGGAAGAAAAGAAAGAGGAGACCACGGGCACGCUGAAGAGAGACAAAACACUCCUGCGCGAUGACAAGAAGAUGGAGAAACUAAAGCAGAAACUCCACACAGACGACGAGUUGAACUGGUUGGACCAUGGUCGGACACUGCGAGAGCAGGGUGUGGAGGAGACAGAGAUGUUGCUUCUCAGAAGAAAGUUCUUUUACUCUGAUCAGAAUGUGGAUUCAAGAGACCCAGUGCAACUCAACCUGCUCUAUGUACAGGCCCGCGAUGACAUCCUGAACGGCUCCCACCCUGUCUCCUUUGAUAAGGCCUGUGAGUUCGCUGGCUACCAGUGCCAGAUCCAGUUUGGAGACCACAACGAGUCCAAGCAUAAACCGGGAUUCCUUGAUCUGAAAGAAUUCCUACCCAAAGAGUACAUCAAAAACAAAGGGGAGAAAAAGAUUUUCCAGGCCCACAAAAACUGCCAAAACAUGACUGAGAUUGAGGCCAAAGUUAGCUACGUCAAACUGGCCAGAUCUCUCAAAACCUAUGGAGUGUCGUUCUUCUUAGUUAAGGAGAAAAUGAAAGGCAAGAAUAAGCUGGUGCCUCGUUUGCUGGGUAUAACCAAGGAGAGUGUGAUGAGAGUGGAUGAAAAGACCAAGGAGGUGAUGCAGGAGUGGAGCCUGACCAAUAUCAAACGCUGGGCUGCCUCCCCCAAGAGCUUCACUCUGGACUUUGGGGACUACCAGGAUGGCUAUUACUCUGUGCAAACCACUGAGGGAGAACAAAUUGCACAGCUUAUCGCUGGCUACAUUGACAUCAUUCUCAAAAAGAAAAAGAGCAAAGACCAUUUUGGCUUAGAGGGAGAUGAGGAGUCUACUAUGUUGGAGGACUCUGUGUCACCUAAAAAAUCCACAGUGCUGCAGCAGCAGUUCAAUAAAGUUGGGAAAGUGGAGACAGGCUCAGUGGCUUUGCCGGCCAUCAUGCGCUCUGGGGCUGGUGGUCCAGAGAGUUUCCAAAUGGGCUCCAUGCCCCAGGCCAAGCAGCACAUCACCAGUGGUCAAAUGCAUCGAGGACACAUGCCCCCUCUGACCUCAGCUCAGCAGGCUCUGACUGGCACCAUUAACUCCAGUAUGCAGGCAGUGCAGGCAGCACAGGCCUCUCUGGAUGAGGUUGACACCUUGCCUCCACUGGGCACUGAUGCGGCCUCUCAAGCCUGGCGUAGGAACAAAAUGGAUGAGUCCAAACAUGAGAUCCACUCCCAGGUGGACGCCAUUACUGCAGGAACCGCCUCAAUGGUCAAUCUCACUGCAGGGGACCCAGCUGAGACAGACUACACAGCUGUGGGUUGUGCAGUAACUACCAUCUCCUCCAACCUGACUGAGAUGUCCAAGGGGGUCAGACUAUUGGCAGCCCUCAUGGAAGAUGAGGGAGGGAAUGGCCAACAGCUCCUGACCGCUGCCAAGAACUUGGCUUGUGCUGUGUCAGACAUGCUGAAGACUGCUCAGCCUGCUAACACUGAGCCUCGUCAGAACCUCCUGCAGGCGGCAGGUAAUGUGGGACAGGCCAGUGGAGAGCUGCUGCAGCAGAUUGGUGAGAGUGAGGCAGACCAACACUUCCAGGAUAUGUUGAUGCAGUUAGCCAAGGCUGUGGCCAACGCGGCCGCCGCCCUCGUGUUGAAGGCUAAGAAUGUAGCCCAGAAGAGUGAAGACUCAGCACAGCAAAACCGGGUCAUCGCUGCAGCCACCCAGUGUGCUCUCACCACCUCCCAACUGGUGGCCUGCACCCGGGUGGUGGCCCCCACCAUCAGCUCUCCAGUGUGUCAGGAGCAGCUGAUUGAGGCUGGGAAACUGGUGGCUAAGUCUGUGGAAGGGUGUGUCGAGGCCUCACAGGGUGCCACCAAUGAUGAACAGCUGCUGAAGCAGGUCAACGUGGCUGCCACAGGUGUCACUCAGGCUCUUAAUGAACUGCUCCAGCAUAUCAAGCAAUACGCUAGCGGCGGCCAGCCAAUGGGACGCCACGGUGAGGCCACCGACCGCAUCCUGGAUGUGACGGAGAACAUCUUCAGCUCCAUGGGAGAUGCAGGUGAAAUGGUGCGUCAAGCGCGGAUAUUGGCCCAGGCCACCUCUGACCUUGUCAAUGCCAUCAAGGCAGAUGCAGAAGAGGAGACUGAUCUUGAAAACUCCCGCAAACUCCUCUCAGCUGCCAAACUCUUGGCAGACGCCACUGCCAAGAUGGUGGAGGCUGCCAAGGGAGCAGCUGCUAACCCAGAUAGUGAGGAACAACAGCAGAAACUGCGGGAGGCUGCAGAGGGGCUGCGCAUGGCCACAAACGCAGCGGCACAGAAUGCCAUCAAAAAGAGACUGGUCAACAAACUGGAGAACGCAGCUAAACAGGCAGCUGCAGCUGCCACUCAAACCAUUGCUGCAGCCCAGCAUGCAGCCUCAUCCAAUAAGAACCCAGCAGCUCAGCAACAGUUGGUUCAGAGCUGCAAGGUGGUGGCAGAUCAGAUUCCUCAGCUGGUCCAGGGAGUGAGGGGCAGUCAGGCUCAGCCAGAUAGCCCUAGUGCUCAGCUCGCCCUCAUUGGUGCCAGCCAGAACUUCCUGCAGCCUGGAGCUAAGAUGGUGACUGCUGCCAAGGCCACAGUACCCACAAUCAGUGAUCAGGCAUCUGCCAUGCAGCUGAGUCAGUGUGCCAAGAACCUGGCCAGUGCCCUGGCAGAGCUCCGCACAGCUGCUCAGAAGGCACAGGAAGCCUGCGGUCCUCUGGAGAUUGACAAUGCUCUGACAGUGAUAAGGGGGCUGGAGAAGGACAUGCAGGAGGCCAAGGCUUCAGCUGGAGAGGGCAAACUCAAACCCCUCCCAGGAGAGACACUGGAGAAGUGCUCUCAGGACCUCGGCUCCAACACCAAGGCCGUGAGUUCGGCCAUCGCUCAGCUCCUCAGUGAAGCCACUCAGGGCGAUGAGAACUACACAGGUAUGGCUGCCAGGGAUGUGGCGCAGGCCCUGCGCUCUCUCGCCUCAGCCGCUCGAGGUGUCGCCGCCAACACGGCCGACCCACAGGCCCGCAACGCCAUGCUGGACUGUGCCAGUGAUGUUAUGGACAAAUCUGCCAACCUGAUUGAAGAGACCAAGAGAGCCAUCGCCAAACCUGGAGAUCCAGACAGCCAGCAGAGACUGGCCCAGGUGGCAAAGGCUGUGUCCCAGGCAUUGAACCGCAGUGUGAACUGUCUGCCUGGACAACGAGACGUGGACAAUGCCAUCAGAAAUGUCGGAGAGGCCAGUAAGAAACUGCUAUCUGAUCAGUUCCCAGCCAGUGGGAAGAGUUUCCAGGAGGCUCAGGCUAAUCUGAACCAGGCAGCCAUUGGGCUGAAUCAGUCAGCCAAUGAACUGGUCCAGGCCUCCCGGGGCACCACCCAGGACCUGGCCAAGGCUUCUGGCAAGUUUGGACAGGACUUCAGCCACUUCCUGGAAGCAGGCGUGGACAUGGCUGGCCAAUCACAGUCUAAGGAGGACCAGACACAGGUGGUUACGAACUUGAAGACCAUUUCUAUGUCCUCCAGCAAGCUGCUGCUGGCAGCCAAGGCCCUGUCCACCGACCCCAACUCCCCCAACCUCAAGAACCAGCUCGCUGCUGCUGCUCGUGCGGUGACUGACAGCAUCAACCAGCUCAUCACAAUGUGCACCCAGCAGGCCCCAGGACAGAAGGAAUGUGACAACGCACUCAGGGAGCUUGAGACAGUGCGAGGCAUGUUGGAGAACCCUACUGAGGCAGUGAAUGACCUGGGUUACUUUGACUGCCUUGACAGCGUGAUGGAGAACUCAAAGGUUCUGGGUGAGGCCAUGGCUGGAAUCUCCCAUAAUGCCAAAAACAGUAAUUUGCCUGAAUUUGGAGACUCUGUCAGCUCUGCCUCCAAGGCUCUGUGUGGCCUGACCGAGGCUGCUGCCCAGGGGGCAUACCUGGUUGGCGUGUCGGACCCAAACAGCCACGCUGGGCAGAAGGGUCUUGUGGACCCAGCUCAGUUUGCCCGUGCCAAACAAUCCAUUCAGAUGGCCUGUCAGAACCUGGUGGACCCAGCCUGCACUCAGUCUCAGGUCCUCUCUGCUGCCACUAUUGUUGCCAAACACACCUCCGCCCUCUGCAACGCCUGUCGUCUUGCCUCCUCCAAAACAUCCAACCCUGUUGCUAAGCGACAGUUUGUCCAGUCUGCCAAAGAAGUGGCAAACAGCACUGCUAAUCUUGUCAAGUCCAUCAAAGCUCUGGAUGGGGCCUUUAAUUACGAGAACAGAGAAAAAUGUAAGGAUGCAACAGGGCCGCUCAUCGAGGCCGUGGAUAACCUCACUGCCUUUGCCUCCAACCCCGAGUUUGCCAGUGUGCCUGCACAGAUCAGCCCUGAGGGUCUGGCUGCUAUGGAGCCCAUCGUGGCUGCAGCUAAGACCAUGUUGGAGAGUUCCACAGGCCUGAUUGAGACAGCCCGGUCACUGGCUGUCAACCCCAAAGACCCACCCAAGUGGUCAGUGCUUGCUGGCCACUCCAGAACCGUGUCAGACUCCAUCAAGAAACUCAUCACAAACAUGAGAGAUAAGGCUCCAGGCCAGAGGGAGUGUGAUGAGGCCAUUGAUGUGGUGAAUAAUUGUAUCAGAGAUUUGGACCAGGCAUCUCUGGCUGCUAUUAGCCAACAGCUCACUCCCAGAGAAGACAUAUCUCACGAGGCUCUGCAUGAGCAGAUGGCUGCCUCUGUGCAGGAGAUCAGUAACCUGAUUGAACCCGUGGCUGUCGCUGCGCGCUCCGAGGCCUCCCUGUUGGGUCACAAGGUAUCUCAGAUGGUGAGUUACUUUGAGCCACUUGUCAUGGCUGCCAUAGGCACGGCCUCAAAGAUCCUGAACAGCCAGCAGCAGAUGAACGUGCUCGACCAGACCAAGACCCUGGCUGAGUCUGCCCUGCAAAUGCUCUACACGGCCAAAGAGGCUGGAGGAAACCCCAAGGCGGCCCACACUCAGGAGGCUCUGGAGGAGUCAGUGCAGAUGAUGAAGGAGGCUGUGGAUGACCUGGCUGGCACCCUGUCUGAGGCUGCCAGUGCUGCAGGCGCUGUGGGCGGGAUGGUGGACUCCAUCUCUCAGGCCAUCAACAAGAUGGAGGAUGUGCCUGGCACCGAGCCUGACGGCGCUUUCGUUGAUUACCAGACCACAAUGGUCAAGACAGCUAAAGCCAUCGCUGUCACAGUACAGGAGCUGGUGACCAAAUCCAAUACCAACCCCGACGAGCUGGGAGGUUUGGCCAAUCAGCUGACCACAGAGUUUGGACAGUUAGCCUCAGAGGCCAAAUAUGCUGCCAUUACUGCAGAGAGUGAUGAGAUUGGCUCCCACAUUAAGAAGCAGGUGUCUGAGCUGGGCUACAGUUGCACUGGGCUGGUCACGAAAGCUGGAGCACUGCAGUGCAGUCCUAAUGACUCCAUCACCAAGAAGGAGCUUAUUGACAGUGCCCGCAAAGUCUCUGAGAAGGUAUCUCACGUGCUUGCAGCCCUGCAGGCCGGUAACCGUGGUACGCAGGCCUGCAUCACUGCUGCCAGUGCUGUGUCUGGCAUCAUCGCUGAUCUGGACACCACCAUCAUGUUUGCCACAGCAGGCACGCUAAAUCGUGAAAACGCCGAGACCUUCGCUGACCACAGAGAGAACAUUCUGAAGACGGCUAAAGUACUGGUGGAAGACACUAAGCUCUUGGUUUCUGGAGCAGGAGCCAGCCAGGAGAAACUGGCCCAAGCUGCCCAGUCCUCUGUCAACACCAUCACCAAACUGGCCGAAGUGGUCAAACUGGGAGCUGCCAGUCUGGGUUCUGAGGAUCCUGAGACACAGGUGGUCCUGAUCAACGCAGUCAAAGAUGUGGCCAAAGCUCUUGGUGACCUCAUCAGUGCAACAAAGGCAGCGGCGGGUAAACCUCACGAUGACCCUUCAAUGCUUCAGCUGAAGAACUCUGCUAAGGUGAUGGUGACAAAUGUGACGUCUCUGCUGAAGACGGUGAAGGCUGUGGAGGAUGAAGCUACCAAGGGCACACGAGCUCUGGAGGCCACCAUCGAACACAUCAAACAGGAACUGGCUGUCUUCAGUAGUCCAGAACCUCCUGCAAAAACAGCCACUCCUGAAGAGUUUAUUCGCAUGACCAAAGGUAUCACCCUGGCAACCGCCAAAGCAGUGGCUGCUGGGAACUCAUGUCGCCAGGAGGAUAUAAUUGCCACAGCAAACUUAAGCAGACGAGCCAUUGCAGACAUGCUGCACUCAUGCAAGCAAGCAGCCUACCAUCCAGAGGUGAGCCAUGAUGUGCAGUCACGUGCCCUGCGCUACGGCACAGAGUGUGCCAACGGUUACCUCGGCCUGCUGGAGCACGUGCUGGUGAUAAUUCAGAAGCCCAGUCAUGACCUGAAGCAGCAGCUGGCUAACUAUUCUAAACGUGUGGCUGGCUCCGUCACUGAGCUCAUCCAGGCAGCUGAGGCCAUGAAAGGCACGGAAUGGGUGGAUCCUGAGGACCCCACCGUCAUCGCCGAGAACGAGCUGCUGGGUGCCGCUGCCGCGAUUGAAGCCGCUGCCAAGAAACUGGAGCAGUUGAAACCACGCGCCAAGCCCAAGGAGGCAGAUGAAAGCCUGAACUUUGAGGAGCAGAUUCUGGAAGCUGCUAAAUCCAUUGCAGCCGCAACUAGUGCACUGGUGAAGGCUGCCUCAGCUGCACAAAGAGAGCUGGUGGCCCAGGGCAAGGUCGGUGCCAUCCCUGCCAAUGCGGUAGAUGAUGGACAAUGGUCUCAGGGUCUGAUUUCAGCGGCCCGGAUGGUUGCCGCUGCAACCAACAACUUGUGUGAAGCGGCUAACUCUGCAGUGCAAGGCCAUGCUAGUGAAGAGAAGCUCAUCUCCUCAGCCAAGCAGGUGGCAGCAUCUACUGCACAGCUGCUGGUGGCCUGCAAGGUCAAGGCUGACCAGGACUCCCAGACCAUGAAGCGACUCCAGGCUGCUGGUAAUGCUGUUAAGAGAGCUUCUGACAACCUGGUGAAGGCAGCACAGAAAGCAGCCUUCGAUGCCCAAGACGAUCAGGCUGUUAUGGUCAAAAGCAAAAUGGUUGGCGGCAUCGCUCAGAUCAUCGCAGCACAGGAGGAGAUGCUGAGAAAAGAGAGAGAGCUGGAUGAGGCCAGGAAAAAGCUGGCUAUGAUUCGGCAGCAGCAGUACAAAUUCCUUCCCUCUGAACUAAGAGAGGAUGGUCAGGAUUAGUGAGAAUCUACGACUCACAACCAAAACAGAGCAAAGACAAGCCU